CGUUAGUACGUUACCAAUUUUCGUUUAGUAAACAACUCAACGGGUCCUCCUGCGAGGAAGCAAAAGUGGCUUAAAUUUGUGUGGUGUUUGAGGAAAGUUUCGGAAAUUUCGUUUCAAGUGCCAGGGAAAAACUUCAAUCAGUUUUAUGUGAGGUUUUAUCGAUGUUUUCAAAAGUUUGAGGAAAACUUUCCCAAGAAUUUCGUAAAUAUUGAACCGCUUGGAUGAUAAUAUUUACUACCGCACGAUAUUUACUACACAAAACUCUGUGCAGCCAGCAAACAUCGCAACAUCAGGUGGAUUAUCGCAAAAGCUCGUCGUACAAAUUGUUUGAAAAAUAUUCGCGGCGUGAAGAAAAUAUUGUGGCAAAUUUCUAAAAGAAGAAAAGCAAAGUGCAAGUUUGAACCGGAUUAGCUUAUCGAGUUUCUGUUAGUUUAUUUUUUUUCUUCUAACAAGUGAGAAAUGAUCUAGUGUGACGACGGAUUUUAAGUGGUUUCGGGAAUUAUCGAGCUUGUUAUCACAAGUUUGAGGAAAACUCGGGAGAGGAGAGCUUUUAUCUGCAACGGUUGGGUUCCGUUGUGGGUGAAGCGAACCCCAUUUGGCGGCUGCACCAUUUCGCUAAAAGUUUCGAAAAUUCUCAUCGGAAGUGAAAUAGACUACAUGUUGGCGACAACAGCCGCCAACAGCGACAUGGCGCCACCCGAUGGCUCCAUACAAUACGAGACAAAGUGGCCGAGCAUGAAUCUGAUAAAUCUUCCCAAAAUCAAACAGGAGAGCUUCAAUGGACUGAGUCAUCUAGUUGCCCUGCCAGCGUACGAGCAGGUCAAAUCCCCGGGCACGCCCCAGCACCAACAGCAGCACCAGCAGCAUCUGCCGACCGUGAUCGAGCGCGUCCACGACAACUCCGAGUCGGACAACGGGGACAACCCGAACAACAACAACACCGUCGUGCCCGUGUCCAUUUCGGCCGCCGGAAUCACGAUCAAAACCGACGAAAUCACCGUGGCCAGCAACCUCACGGGGGACGAUCCGAGGACCACCAAUCCGAGUUCCGUCAGUCCCACGGGAUCGAGUCGAAACUCGAACGCCAAACCACCCUACAGCUACGUGGCGUUGAUAGCCAUGGCGAUCCAGAACUCCCAAAUGAAGCGAGCGACGCUGAGCGAGAUCUACGGCUACAUUACGUCCCGAUUUCCGUACUUUGAGAAGAACAAAAAGGGCUGGCAGAACUCGAUCCGUCACAACCUCAGUCUGAACGAGUGCUUCGUGAAGAUCCCGCGGGAGGGCGGUGGCGAGCGCAAGGGCAACUACUGGACGCUGGACCCGCAGUACGAGGACAUGUUCGAGAACGGAAACUACAAGCGGAGAAGGCGCAUGAAGCGACCCUACCGGACAGGCCACUACUCCAAGAUGUUCGGCGACUCGUACAUGGCCAACGCCGGCAACUUUACGCACCGGCAGGUCUUCGCGCAGAGUCCAUACCAGACGUAUCCGCGGUACGACACCGGAACAACGUGGAUGCCAACGCCACAGCUCGGCUCGUACACCUCGUGCUCCACGCGGUCCAACUACUCAUACUCAACGCAGCUGCAGCAGCCUGUGCAACCUGUGACCAUCAACACCUACGGAUCGUUAUCGCAAAACUUAGUUUCCGGCAGUACACCACCCCCCUGUCCACGGAGAUUCGAGCCGUAUUACACACACUGGGACACUGCUAUUCUCCCCGUGGUGAAGGAUGAAGCCUCAAAUCAGAUGAGUGUAAGCUCCACGCAGCAGUCCUACCAGAAGAACUACCUGCCGCAACCGUAACGGCGAAUGAGCAGGCUUGGGGCCUCAACACCAACUCUACCACCGUCGGAUACCAAUACCACCACCACCACCACCAGAACGACGCUACCACCACCAUCAUUGUCAUUGGCCAAACUCAGCCCAACAUUUUUCUGUAGAUACAGAAGGAAAUUUUAACCUUGUUUAACAUUUUUCAAGUGUAGAAAGUAUAGGAACAUGAUUUUUUUUUUCGAUGUACCAACGCGCAAAGUUGGGCGAAACUCACUCUAGAACAUUUGCAUUUACAGGGUCGAUUUUUCGAGAGCGCAAAUUUGAACGAUUCAUAUCAAUCCAAAUUGAUGUACAAACAAAAUUGUAAGCGUAACUUAGUUUUCGUGUAUAUAAAAAGAAAUAUAAAUGCUUCAAAUCAAGAAUAUGAUCGGGAUCUCUAGGCGUUAGGUAACAACUGAGUUAAACAAAAAAGAGGAAGGCUAUACACACACAAGUAAAUUAUUUAUUUAAUAAAGUCUAGCAUUAGGUCUAACGAUACCGUAACUCUCAGUCUUGUAUCAGGAGGUCACACUACAAAAUCUGCAACGGUUUGGCGAUUCGAUGUAAAUGAUAAAAUUGUCCGUCCAAACACGAGCGAACAUGCGUAUCACUCCUCUAACCUUCCCUCUCUUCCUACAUAAUUGACGUUACGAAAUAAAGUUAUGUGAAACUGUAA